GCUCCUCCAGUUUGCAGAAAUGUUAUAUUCGUGACGGUCAACUUCAAUAGCGAUGUAAUAAGUUAUUGAGUGCAGUACGAAUAUCUGCGAAGAGAGUUUAAGAAAAAAUAGCAAAAACAAAGCUAAAAAGCUGGAAACCUGACUACUGCAUCAUCCAUUUAGUGGUAGUAGUAGUGGCGGUUACUUUGGGGAAAUCCUCUGGUUUUGUUUUGGUUAUUUUUGUCUUAGUCGCGUCGCGCCGGGCCGUUAUGUUACGGAUGAAGUUGAAGGACGUUUCGUAAACUGCAAACAUCUCAGCUUGGCGGAAUUCAUGAAAGUGUGUGACGAAAAGUUGCAGUGGUCGGGGUUUGUGCAAGUGCUUAGUCAUUGCGGAUUACAUAUGCGUCCGCAUUCGAGAUCGAUAUCGAAAAUUCUAAAGUUACAUAAAAAGCAAUCUGUGGAUUAUAGUCACUAAAUUUUACGUAGAAAACCAGUAAAUAAAAAAAAUCGAAAUGCAAGGAUUCAAGUGGAGUUUAAGUUUAGUGAUAGUUGCGGUAGUACUUCAAACGAUCUGUGCCAUGCCCAGCAUAAGGGUGAAACGACAGGACAUCGAGGAAAUCCAAGAACCAUCUGACUUGUCGGACGAUUUGAACCCCAUCGAAGUCGAGGUGUCAGACACUGAUGGGUUGGACCGCGAGAAGAGGAAGUUACCUGAUGGUAAAUUCGCGGCUAAGAAUGCCAUCAUUGGAUUUGUUUUCAGUAAUAUUGACAAUGUCAUUGACACCAAAACUCGCUUCUUGGAUCGUUUGGAGCAAGCCAACAUCGAAAAGAACAAGCAAUACAAUAUUACCGUUCCACCACCAAUCAAUGAUUUCCAAACCCUUAUCACGGCUGUUGUAUCACCAAAAAUCACUGCAUUGACCAGUAAAUUGACUGGAAUUACCGCUGGUAUAUUCGGUGCCAAUACAAACGGUAACAGUCCAGCAGCACAAGGUCUUGGCCAAAUCGUCACAAAAGUCCUAGGAUUCUCAGGGCCAAUCUUUCAAGGAUCAGUGGGAGGACCAACAACUGAAGUGUCACCAGAUUCCGAUGAAGCUGGAUAUUAAUUUAUUAAAACCUAAAGUUAAAGCAUUUAAUAAACUUCAUAAUAUUUUUUUUUAUUAUUUUGUUUAUUGAGGACAUCGCUAUGUAAUCAUUUUACGUUGUUAAUUAUUUAGUGAUUAUAGUUCGAGAUUUUUUAUUCGUUGUUAUAGGGCGCGAUAACUUUUUACUGUAAUUUUAGAAUUUUGAAUUCAUGAAAACUACAAAAAUGAUCAAAUGAACAGAUACCUAGGCAUAUCUAGCCAUACAAUGGACCAAAUGGUAUCAUUCAGCUACUGGAAUGUAAUUUUUUCCAACCAUCUAAUCACACUCUUGUUGAAAGACUAUAAAAUUAUUUAAAUCCUAACAAUUACAAGACACAACAAUUACUUCUAAUACAUAUAAUUGCACAUAAAACAGUCCAAUUGUUGACACGUUUUCCACAUUGAACGUAAAAACAUAUAAAAGUACAUAUGUAAUAGGGGUCUAGUGCUAUUUUCAAAAUGACUGUACAGACAUUAAAAAUCAUGUUUUGUAAAUAUGUUUGUAGAAAUUAAGACGAAAUUAAAGUUAUAGUAAUUAAUAAAAAA